AUGUCGAGAUUCGCGCGCCCGGGGCUCUUCCGGCGAAUUGCCACGACUGCCGGAGCCCUGACGCUCGGCACCGGCCUCGUUCUCUACAGCUAUCGACCCAGAAAUAUCCCCGGCUACGAGCCUCCGGCCGUUCCCCCUCCCAUCUACGGCGCCGACGGCACCUUCAAGCUCCCGCGCUUCCCUCGCAUCAAACCCAGAGACGAGCAGAUCUCCGACCUCAAGAAGAGCAACUCGGGCAACAAGGACGAUGAAUAUGAUAUGCUGGUCAUUGGCGGCGGCGCCACGGGUGCUGGAGUCGCACUGGACGCCGCCACCCGGGGCCUGAAGGUCGCCGUCGUCGAGCGCGACGACUUUAGCUGCGGCACCAGCAGCAAGAGCACAAAGCUCGUCCACGGCGGAGUGCGCUACCUCGAGAAGGCAGUGUGGAAUCUGGAUUAUGCCCAGUACGAGCUGGUCCGGGAGGCUCUCAAGGAGCGCAAAUACUUCCUGCAGACGGCGCCACAUCUCAGCAUGUGGCUGCCCAUCAUGCUGCCCCUCGACAAGUGGUGGAAGGCGCCCUACUACUGGGCAGGCACCAAGUUUUACGAUUUCCUCGCCGGAAGCGAGGGCAUCGAGAGCUCCUAUUUCCUGACCAAGAGCAAGGCGAUCGACGCCUUCCCCAUGCUCAAGCAGACCGACCUCGUAGGCGCCCUCGUCUACUACGACGGCGCGCACAACGACUCCCGCAUGAACGUCUCCAUCGCCAUGACGGCCGCUCUGUACGGAGCUACCGUGGUCAACCACAUGGAGGUGACCGGCCUCGAGAAGGAUGCGGAUGGGAGACUGUGUGGCGCCCAGCUCAAGGACAAGAUCCCCGAGCGGGACGGCACAAAGGCCGACGAUAUCAAGAUCAAGGCCAAGUGCAUCAUCAACUGUACCGGCCCCUUCACCGACGGCAUCCGCAAGAUGGACGACCCUGAGUGCAAGGACAUUGUCGCGCCCGCGUCUGGUGUCCACGUCAUCCUCCCUGGGUACUACAGCCCCGGUAAGAUGGGUCUCAUCGACCCUUCAACCUCUGACGGCCGAGUCAUCUUCUUCCUGCCCUGGCAGGGCAACACCAUCGCUGGCACCACCGACGAGCCGGCCACCAUCUCCAAGAACCCCCUUCCCGACGAGAAGUCCAUCCAGUGGAUCCUCAAUGAGAUCAGCCACUACCUCUCGCCCGAUAUCAACGUCCGACGCGGCGACGUGCUCUCGGCCUGGUCUGGCCUCCGGCCUCUGGUCUCCGACCCCAAGGCCAAGAACACCGAGUCGCUCGUCAGGAAUCAUCUCGUUGAUAUCUCGAGCUCCGGUCUGGUGACAUGCGCGGGCGGUAAAUGGACGACAUAUAGGCAGAUGGCCGAAGAGUGUGUCGAUGCCGCCGUCAAGGAGUUUGGUCUCCAGCCGAGACCGAUGCCCAACGUGCCGCGCGUCAGCGGAACUGAUGUGGUCGACGACGGUGCCAUUCUCGACGGCUCUUGCCAGACGCAUCGCGUGCGGCUCAUCGGUGCCCAUGGCUUCAGCAGGACCCUCUUUAUCCACCUGAUCCAGCAUUUUGGUAUCGAGACCGAGGUUGCCAAGCACCUGACCGAGAGCUACGGCGACCGCGCGUGGACCGUGGCCGCCAUGUGCCAACCUACUGACAAGCGCUUCCCUGCUAGGGGUGAGCGCAUUUCUCAGUUGUAUCCCUUUGUCGAUGGCGAGGUCCGCUACGCUGUCCGGAACGAGUAUGCACAGACGGCCGCCGAUGUUCUAGCCCGGAGAACACGGCUGGCAUUCCUGAACGCCCAGGCUACUCUAGAAGCGCUCCCCAAGAUCAUAGACAUCAUGGCCCAGGAGUUGAAGUGGGACAGGAAGCGCCAAGAGCUCGAGUGGAAAGAGACUGUUGCCUUCCUCGAAUCCAUGGGCCUGCCACAGCCAAUGCUGACGGCAACGAGGAAACAGGUCGAGCAGGGGAAGCUCGACUUUUCAACAUCACUAGAAUACAAGAUGUACUCUAGACACGACAAGCCUAUCGAGGAGGAGUGCUAG